AUGAGAGGCUAUUUUUCUUCAUUUGUCUGUUUUGUCAUCUUACUUCUUCUUGCAGACACUUUGUCGAGCCUCGAAGCCAAAAUCUGCAAGCCGAGUGGCAAAAUAAGAGGGAGAAAUCCUCCUCCAGGUGAAUGCAAUCCAGAGUACUCGGAUUGCUGCAAAGAAGGGGAGCUCUACACCACUUACAAGUGCUCACCAAGGGUGUCUGGCCGUACAAAUGCAGUCCUUACGCUCAACAGCUUUGAGAAGGGCGGUGAUGGAGGCGCGCCCUCUGAGUGCGACGAGCAUUACCACUCAGACGACACGCCGGUCGUGGCUCUAUCGACGGGAUGGUUCAACCAUAUGCAUAGGUGCUUCCAGAAUAUUACCAUAUAUGGUAAUGGUAGGAGUGUUAAUGCCAUGGUUGUGGAUGAAUGUGACUCUACUGCAGGGUGUGAUUCUGAUCAUGGUUAUCAGCCCCCAUGUCCUAAUAACAUUGUCGAUGCAUCUAAGGCUGUUUGGAAGGCUUUGAAAGUGCCAAAGAGUGAUUGGGGUGAACUAGAUAUAUACUGGUCCGAAGCUUGA